AUAUACCUGCAGGCUGAAGCAGGCAGGCAACCUAAAUCCACCGGAACCCUUUUCCUGUCUCUUCUGAUUAAGCCUGAGGAGGAGAAACAGUGAAUACUGAAUAGUGAUAGCCAUCUUCUGCUUCUCAACCCCUCUCUUCUGCUUCUCAGCGUCAUCUAUUAAGAUUACUAUUUUUUAUCCAAUUCUUUUAAAUUCUCUUUCUAAGUGGUAGGUGUGUGUAUCAUUCAACAACACAAUAUAUUUCUUUAAAUUCAUCAAAAAAGUUUAUCCCUUUAUUCUACUUUCUUUAAAUUCUUCACCUUUUUGUGACAUUUGCAUACAAGAUGCAAUUUUGUGAGAUACCCAAUACCCAAUUGUCCCUCGUUUAAUCAUCUUGAUGUUAUCAACAUUAAAACCCUAGCACAAUAUUGGUAGGGUGUGGGUGUUUUUCUUAUUUUUGGCUUAAUUUGAGUAUUUGAAUGAUGGGUUGGGAUAGAUUGCAAAUUUCUAAUGGAAAAAAUAAUGGGUUUUUGACCAACUGCACUUUGGGGCUUCAAUGGAGUAUCCCAGAUGAGAGUUGUAUCCAUUCUGUACCUUCUACAGAAGGUUUAUUUGCAAGCAUUGGACAAAUGGGUAGUGUGGGUUUUGGUGGUGGAGUAUCUCCAAAUCCCACAGAUUCAAAGGAUAAUGAAGGUGGCUUUAAACUUCCAUACAUGGAUUUGUAUGUAAAGUGUGUUUCUUCUCCUGAAGGGUUCAAAAUUUGUGGGAUUCCUGAAAAGGAAAAGAAGAAGAAUAAGUUUAAGUUGAAGAUUAAGGUUGCUGAUCCUUCAUUAAGGAGAUUGAUUAGCGGGGCGAUAGCUGGGGCGGUCUCGAGGACAGCUGUAGCACCAUUAGAGACAAUUAGGACUCAUUUGAUGGUUGGAAGUAGUGGGCAUUCAACUACAGAAGUGUUCCAGGAUAUUAUGAAGACUGAUGGAUGGACUGGAUUGUUUAGGGGGAAUCUAGUCAAUGUUAUUAGGGUUGCUCCUAGUAAAGCUGUUGAGCUGCUAGCAUAUGACACAGUCAAUAAGUGCUUGUCAUCUAAGCCGGGCGAACAACGUAAAGUUCCUGUUCCCCCUUCUCUCAUUGCUGGGGCUUGUGCAGGGGUCUCCUCUACCAUAUUAACGUACCCUCUUGAGUUGGUAAAAACCCGAUUAACUAUACAGAGGGAUGUCUACAACGGUAUAGUCGAUGCUUUUGUGAAAAUAAUACGUGAGGAAGGCGUGUCUGAGCUAUACAGAGGCCUUGGUCCUAGCUUGAUCGGAGUGAUUCCUUAUGCUGCAACGAACUACUGUGCGUACGACACGCUGCGGAAAGCAUAUAGAAAAUUCUUCAAGCAAGAGAGGAUUGGUAAUAUUGAAACCCUUCUGAUCGGUUCUUUAGCUGGUGCCAUAUCAAGUUCCGCGACUUUCCCUCUUGAGGUGGCCAGGAAGCAUAUGCAAGUAGGGGCUGUUAGCGGUAGACAGGUAUACAAAAACGUGUUGCAUGCUUUGGGUAGUAUCCUGGAGCAGGAAGGAAUGCAAGGGCUUUAUAGAGGUCUGGGACCUAGUUGCGUCAAAUUAGUACCGGCUGCUGGGAUUUCGUUCAUGUGCUACGAAGCUUGUAAGAGAAUACUUGUGGAGAAUGAAGACGAGGCAUAGUACUUCCAGCAAUUUUGUUUAUCAUAACUCACAAGGUUUUUGUUUAAAUUUUGCUCCAAAAAUUGGCCAUCCUUUAAAGGCUAAUACCUUUUGUUUAGAUUUACAUCACAAUUUUUCUUUAAUUUUCUUGUGAUAUCUUUCUUGAUUAUGAUGAACUGAUGAAAUGAAAUGAAACUGAAUAAGAUGCUCAAGUGGCAUUUUUUAGUGCA